UCGCGUUCGUCUCCGUCUCCGACUCACCGGCUACCGGUUUACCCCAAGCCCCUCUACUUCCUCAGUUCCUCUUCCUCGGCGCGCGAGGGCGAAACCCGACAGCGACUAGGCGACAGAGGCGACUACGAUGGCGUGUCGGCGGCUGGCGAGGGAGGCCGUCGCGGCCUCGCUUCGGCGGGGCGCCGGCUCCGCGCCCAUCGCCCCCGUUCGCGCCUUCUCCUCCUCAUCCUCCUCCGCUGCCUCCUGCUCCUCCCGCGCCCCGGUCGCCGCCAGCCCUGUUCGUCAUUUCCUCGCGCGCUAUUCGAGCCCCGCUUUCCAACCUCGCGCUUCCGAGUUCGGGCCUUCGCUCGCCGCGCGAGUGGCCCUUGGACUCCGGCCGCAGCUGCCAGGCCUCAACCUUCUCAAAGGAUUUGGGAUCAGCACCGUACUAGGGAUGUCACUUCAUCAGGGAAAGGUUACUGCUGCCACAAGAGAGCAACCAUCAGAACCCAUUACUAGGCCACCCCCGGGAUCUUUGAAAAAUGAGCUUGGUUCCUUCUGGCCUUUGGUCAGGAAACUUCAGCUGCCAAUUGGAUUGAUGUUUCUGAUUCUGUCUGGUUGGCAAUACCCGUUAGGUCUUGUCAUCAAUAUCUUGCUUCUUAUCUACUGCUCGAGACCUAGCCGCUAUUCAAUAUACCUGUUUCUUCAGGAGCUUCGUCAUAGGGAGAUGGGCCAAAGUCGUGCUAUGCGGAAGGAGGAGUUUGUGUGCACAAGAAAUGUUGACGUUCAAGAUUACAAGUUCUUCUCUAUUGGAACAGUUGAAUUACCAGAUGGAAGGGUGCUGCAUCUCGUUGGAAUGCUGGGCAGUUGGUGGAUAUACCGUGUGUCAUUUGUCAAGUGAAAAGAGUGCGUGUGGAAUAUAUUUUAGCUAUGAACAGUGGAUAUUUUGAAUCAAUUCUAACCGACAGUAGCUGUCGGUUUCAGAAAUGGCCGGCAGCUAAAUCUACUUGAAGUGUA